GCACUCGCUGGGGCACUGCGGAGGUGGAACAGGAUGGAGAUUCCCGUGCCUGUGCAGCCGUCGUGGCUACGCCGCGCCUCAGCCCCGGUGCCCGGAAUUUCGGCGCCGGGACGCCUCUUUGACCAGCGCUUCGGCGAGGGGCUGCUCGAAGCCGAGCUGGCUGCGCUCUGCCCCGCAGCGCUCGCCCCCUACUACCUGCGCGCACCCAGCGUGGCGCUGCCUGCCGCCCAGGUGCCGACCGACCCCGGCCAUUUCUCGGUGCUGCUGGAUGUGAAGCACUUCUCGCCGGAGGAAAUCGCUGUCAAGGUGGUUGGCGACCACGUGGAGGUGCAUGCACGCCACGAGGAGCGCCCGGAUGAGCACGGAUUCGUCGCGCGCGAGUUCCAUCGCCGCUACCGCUUGCCGCCUGGCGUGGACCCUGCAGCCGUGACAUCCGCGUUGUCACCCGAGGGCGUCCUAUCCAUCCAGGCCGCACCAGCGUCGGCCCAGGCCCCACUGCCGCCACCAGCUGCCGCCAAGUAGGGGUCCAGGCGUGCCUGAACCCUGGGGGCCGCCUCAGGUUCCCCUUUAAAGCCGAUCUGACUCCGCCCAGCCAGAUGUCCCGAGCGCGCCAAGACGUCCUCUCACCCAGUCUGGGAUCUUACCCUGACCUUUCUACCCUAUAUCCAACCUUGAUCAUUUAGACCCUUCCACUGACAGUCCCCUUACACUCCCCCUCCAACUGCAUCACAACACCUACAAGUACUACUCAGCCCUCAGUGCCUCAUGCCCACCGACCUGUUUCUUGCCACACAGCAACACUCAGGACUCCCUACUUACCUCUUUUUUAACUCUAUGAAGACACACCCACAUCCUAUUUCCAUCGCUGCCCCCAGUCUGACACGUUUAUGCUGCAGACAGUCCAGCUCCCACUCCUGGCAUAAUCAUCCACAGUGCCUGAAUGUCCCAGACUGCGCAGACCUCAAGCACCCCAGACCAUCCAGGCCUGGUUCCAAAUCUGUUCUCCCUGCCGGAGACCAGACUCUCCACUACCCUAAGCCCACCAUCCACACUCCUCUUACCCUCCAGAGUCCAAGUGAGCAGCUGUUCUUUCAUUCCCUUCCUCCCUCUGCAUUCCCUGCUGCCCUACCCCCACUCCUGCCUAGGCUCACUCCAAUAAAUGCGCUAGCACUG